GCAGUUAAUAUUUAGCUAAUGCAAAAUGAAAUCCUUGAGCGGUAAGAAAUAAAGUAGAAAUUCCCACAAAUAAAAUUCCUAAAGCAUAGCUUUGGCUUAGUUCUCUAAUUUGAAUAGCCUACAUCUGCAUGAGAAUUACUCCAGCGUCUUCUGGUCAACAUGCAAAGCAUGCUGGGAGCAGGGGCCACACUGUUAACAAAGGAAUAUAAGAUCCAGCCCAAUACACAUUCAACCAUCCCAGCAGAGUGGCGGUAGUGUAUGUAUUCAUCUGGUACUACAUACAGCAAACAUGGUGCUAAAAAACUCUGAGCAUGGCUCUGUCUUUGAAGCUAAAAUUUCUGAAGAUAAUGUGGAGACGCCAUUCGGUAUAGUGCACUGCACCAUGAAAGUUCUUGCUAAUGGCAACCGACCUGUCAUCCUGACUUACCAUGACAUCGGACUAAACCAUAAGACCUGCUUCAGUAAUCUGUUCAAGCAUGAGGACAUGCAGGAAAUCACACAGUAUUUCUCUGUGUGCCACAUCAAUGCACCUGGGCAACAAGAAGAUGCUAGCAGUAUCCCCACAGGAUCCACCUACCCCUCAAUGGACCAGCUCUCUGAGACCAUUCCUGCUGUGCUCCAGCAUUUUAACAUUACGAGCAUUAUUGGAAUGGCAGUUGGGGCUGGAGCCUACAUCCUUGCACAGUUUGCUCUGAACCACCCUGACCUGGUUGAGGGUCUUGUUCUGAUUAACAUUGAUGCUCAGGCAGAGGACUGGAUGGACUGGGCAGCACAUAAGAUCUCUGGCUGGACACAUCAUGUUCCUGAUAUGAUCAUCUCCCACCUGUUUGGAAACGAGGAGAUUCACAACAACCAUGACCUGGUCGCAACCUUUCGACAUCACAUCCUGAACAACAUUAACCAGAGAAACCUCGAGUUGUUUGUCAAGUCUUAUAACAGUCGAAGGAAUCUGGAUGUCCAGAGACCUUCUCCAGGUGGAAACCUCAAUGUGAGGACCCUGAAGUGCCCAACUCUUCUGGUGGUAGGAGACAGCUCUCCUGCUGUUGAUGCUGUGGUUGACUUCAAUUCAAGAAUGAAUCCAAGAAAAAACACCCUACUUAAGAUGGCUGACUGUGGAGGCCUUCCUCAGGUUGAUCAGCCUGCCAAGUUGGCAGAGGCCUUUAAGUACUUCGUUCAGGGACUGGGAUAUAUGUCUGCAGUUAGCAUGACCCGCCUUUCCCGCUCCCACACUGUCUCUGGCGAGAGCAGCUCGUCUCUGGAUGCUGUUCAAUCUCACAAUUCCACUGGAGAGGAGCAGCAUGGACAAUCUCACCCCAGCAUCUCCAUGGACAAUGAGUCUGACAGCAGCACAGAACUGAGCCUGUUAGGAACAACACACUCCAAUCAGGUGUCCUGCUAAAGACCCCAUUGUUAGUGCUGUUAUUUAUACACACACCAUUAAUGGUAAACCAGAAGCUACCAGCUGCUUCAUAUCUGAUUCUUCAGCCUCAGCUUCACUCUGCUUCAAAUGAAUGAUGCUUUAAAUUAUGUGAUGAUUGCAGCGUUGGACAUGGAGACUGUGUAUUGUACCAGAAGUUCAGAAUUAUUUUCCAAAAUGUGUCUGGAUUAUAAGUAAUUUAAAUGGAUUGAUGCUUUAAGUUCUUUUGUUAGUCAUGUAUUAUACUUUUUUUUUAUGAAUGAUCAUAACUUGUGAACGUUAACAUUUGUAUGAUAUGCUUACAAACAUUUGAAAAGUUUAAAUAUAUCAUGUACAAACUGUGGGUUUUUAGUUAAGUAUCAAAAGCAGACAUACCAAUCCUUUUACAAAUUGCAAGCCAUUCCAUUGCCCACAAAAGGACAGAACCAACCAAUGGACUGUUCUAGAAAUGCAGUAACAUUUGUGACCAAAUAAUCAACAUUGGCAAUUAGAGAAAAUUAGCACAUGCAGGCUACAUGAAGCCCAUUUCCUGUAAUCCCAUAAGCAUGUAUUUCAUAUAAAGAUCAAUGUGUUA